AUGAGUAAAUAUUUGUCAAAACUCAUUAAACCUCCAAUUGAUUACGAAAAAUAUGAGAAUGAUGCAUUUUCGCAACAUCCUCUUAUGAAGUUUCGUCUGUCCAACAUCCGGGAAAGGAGACACUUCUCACUCCUUAAGCACAAAGCGGCUUUGGGCAAAAUUAGGGUUUGCCGAACAAUUCCCGAAGAUUUAUCUGAUGUCCUUCCCCCAAGACAAGAUAAAAUUCGCGAAAAACUCUAUAUGUAUGCAAAUAGAGCUCCAAUUCCAAAGAUUCUUCACCGAACAGAGAGAAAGAUUAUUGAGUAUGUCCCAGAGAGACUGAGAAAUCGCUAUCCUCAAGCUGUGGAAGAUUACAUGAAAGAUGUCCGUGAGGAUUAUGAUAAGAUCAUUCGGGCAUUUAGUUUGCAGAAGCUAUUAGUACCCAAAGAGGAUGAAUUUGUCCCACCAAGGGAAGAUUUUCGACUGAAAUCCAAGGGACGAACAAGAAAUUAUAGACAGUUCUUGGUCAAUCGUCGGAGAAUUUUCAAAAAUCUCCUAAUAACAGCCCCCUAUAUCCGAUGUGUUGUUCAUUUCUCUAACCUCGACUUCCCAGAAGUUCUCAAUGAUUUGUCUAGAUAUCGACAACUCGGGGAGAUAAUCCUCGAUGAAUUGGAGAAUAAGGCUCGAAAGGAUCUCUAUACCAAUGCUGAAUUUCUCAAGAAAUCCUGGUAUCCCAAAAUCGUAAAGGUUAUUGUGAAGUACUACAAAAAGAAGGCAAUCAACAGAAUGGAUUUGCCAAGGAUCCUUCUUUGUGUAUCAACCCUGAUUAAUCGUCAAAUUACUGAGCUUAAAAUUCGUACGUUAAAUCGCAUUUGUGAAGUCAUUGCCGACCGAGAAAGAAUCCCUUACCUCAAAGUGAGCUUAAUCUGUGAAAGAGAAAUUGAUCUAUACCCUACCCUUGAGAAGAUCUUCAAAGUUUAUCACGAUAUGCUGGAUGAUGUGGCAGAAAUUGGUAACAAUUUGACGUCAUUGGAACUUUUGGUGGAUCCUGAGAUGUUUAAGAAUCAUGAUGAACAUCUUAAGAUUGGAGUCGGCGAGAUUUACAUGAAGGAAGCUCAUGAGAAACUCAACAGAGUUCUUGAAAAAGCAUAUUUCCCAAUAAUUCAAUACCUAUCUGGUUUUCAAGAAGAAUACAAAUUUCUUUCUAAUCCAGAAACCCAAACCGCAGUUGAAGAGUUCCUAACUGUAACCCACACAUUUGAUGAGUAUCUCAAAAAGAUCAAUGAAAUCCAGGUGUUUAUUGAUAAGCUCCGACGAUGUAUCCUUAAGGAAUUCUUCGACUUUAUGAUUCUCAAUCAAUUUGAGGCAAUUCAGAGCUUGAGAGAAAUUGCUGAUUAUCUCGUGGAUAGAAUUACAGAUCACAUUGUUCUGUCGCACAGAAAAAUGUGCGAUGAUAUUUGUUCAACCUUUGUCGAAAUCAAAAGAAAAGCUUUGGAGAUACCAAAAUCAACAGAAAGUCUUCUGGAAUCUGCAGAAUACAUGGUCUACGUAAAGAGUCAACAGAUGAAGGAGCUUCAAGAUCGAAUUGAAGAAUGUUUAAAAAUUGGAGGUACUCUCUUGGAAUUCAAAGAACUCUCACAGGAUCACCUUCAAGCUCAAAUAUCAACCAUUAAUUGGUACAAUAACAUUGAUGACGUCUUUGAGCAGAAUGCCCAACUUCAGGAAUACUACAAGUUCCAAUUCGAGGAACACCUUCAAAACGUUGCUAAGAAACUCAAUGAAGACAUUGCUGAAAUGCUUCCUACACUCUCAGUCAUUGACGAUAUGUGUGAAACUGACAAAUUCAGGGAAUACUACUGUUUACUCCAGAACAUCAUUGAUGAUCUACGUACUUUUGAUAACUACGUUGCAUGGCUCAACAAAGAAGAGAAACUCUUUAAAUUCCCAAAAUCUACCUAUCCUGUCCUUGAUGCUAUCAAAAAUUUCGUAAUCCCUUUUUCAAAACUCAUGAAGCUUUGCAUUGAAUGGCUAAGACACUUCUACGUCUGGAUGGACGGACCUUUUGAGUAUCUUGAACCGAACUUCGUAGCCAGAACUGUAGAUGAAUACUUGAAAGAGUUUCAAGAGACACAAAAAUACUACCACAAUCGCAUCAAAGCAGACUUAAUAGGAAACCCCAUUUGCAAAUUUCGCGGACAAACUGAAGAUCCAUCAGUUGAAAAGCAUCCCGUUCCCCUAAAGCUUUGCUGGAAGAUGAUUACUUGGAUUCAAGAUUUUCGCUUAGGAGUUCAGAUCGUUAAAAUAAUCUGCAAUCCAGCUCUUAGGGAAAGACAUUGGAAUGAAAUGUCCCAAAUGGUUGGAUUUGAUCUAACUCCUGAUGCUGGAACAACUCUCAGAAAGUUCAUCAAUCACAAACUCGAAGACAAACUGGGAGACUUUGAGAUUAUAAGUAUCGGUGCGAAUAAGGAACUUCUGUUGCAAGAAAAUCUAACUGGGAUGAUUGAAGAGUGGAGCGGCAUUAAAUUGCAAACAGAACAAUUCAAACAGACCUCCCUGGUUAUCUUGAGCGGACUUGAAGAUGUGCAGGGAUUGCUCGGAGAUCAUAUCAACAAAACUCUUGCUAUGAGAGGAUCGGCAUUUGUAAAGCCUUGUGAAGUUGAAGUCAAAGCUUGGUACUCAAAACUUGUCAGGGUCAAUUCAACAAUUGAGCAAUGGUUGAGAGUUCAAAUGCUCUGGCUCUACUUCCUCCCUAUAUUUUCGUCUCCAGAUAUUGUAGCUCAAAUGGUCACUGAGGGAGAAUUAUUUCAAGAAGUAGAUACAACUUAUCAAAAAUACAUGACCCUCAUUGCUCAAGAUCCCGAAGUAAUGUCAAUUGCACCAAUGCCUGGACUUCUAGAAGAUAUGAAAGAAGCGAAUGCAAAGCUAGAUAAAAUCACUCAAGGGGUUAAUGGAUACUUAGACAAGAAACGCCUCUUCUUUUCGCGAUUUUUCUUCCUAUCCAACAACGAGAUGCUUGAAAUUCUUUCAGAAACUAAAGAUCCUGUAAAAGUAGAUUCACAUCUUCUUUCCAAAUGCUUUGAAGGCAUUAACAAACUAUCCUUUGAUGAUGAUCUCAAUAUUCAAGGGAUUUACAGUGUUCUUGGGGAGAAGAUCAAUCUUUUGCGUUCAAUUUCCACUCAAGAAGCCCGUGGAAGUGUGGAAAAGUGGCUUGCAGAAGUUGAGAGAGAAAUGAUUAAAGCAGUUAAAGAUCAAGUUCACCGUUCGUAUGAAGAUUUCUCCGUAACGAAUUUAAAAGAAUGGAUCUUCAAGUGGCCUCAAAUGGUUAUUCUAUGUUGUAAGCAAAUCCACUGGACUCUAGAUAUUGAAUCUUGUUUUCGAUCCUUAGAAAAUCCUCUUGAACAUAUUCAAGAAAAAUUUAAAAACCUUGACAAUAAUCUUACUGAAAUAGUCAACAUGAUCCGAUCUUCAGAAAUGACCAAUCUUCAGUGGACUACUAUGAAAUCCCUAAUUGUUCUUAGUGUUCAUUCAAGAGAUAUAACAAAAGAGUUAUUAGAUAAAAAUAUUCAAUCAUCUGAUCAAUUCACCUGGCUUUCUCAGCUAAGAUAUUACAUUUUCACUGGCGAUGUAUUCCUCAACAUAAUCAAUGCAAAACUUCCUUUUGGUUACGAAUAUUUGGGUAAUCAUGAUCGUUUAGUGGUAACACCGCUUACAGAUCGCUGCCACAGAACAUUAAUUGCUGGUCACCAGUUACAUCUUUUUGGAGCACCCGAGGGUCCAGCUGGCAGUGGAAAAACGGAAACUUGCAAAGAUCUAGCAAGAGCUUUGGCAAUCCAGUGCAAGGUCUUCAACUGUUCCUAUACCCUCGAUUUUACGAUAAUCGGAAAAUUUCUCAAAGGUGUAGCAUCUGGAGGAGCAUGGAUCUGUUUCGAUGAAUUUAAUAGGAUGCAAUUGGAGGUUUUAUCCGUUGUAGCACAACAAAUUUACACCAUGACUCAAGCUAUUCGUGCAAAAUUAACAAAGUUCUACUUCGAUGGUCUUGAACUUUCACUAAAAUCUUCAUGUUACGUUUGCGUAACUAUGAAUACUGGUUACAUCGGGCGAUCAGAACUUCCAGAUAAUAUAAAGACACUUUUCCGUACGGUCGCUAUGAUGGUUCCGGAUUACAGAAUCAUUGGAGAAAUUUCUCUGUAUUCUUACGGCUUCCACGAAGCGAAGAAGCUUGCCAGAAAAAUAGUUACAAUCUACAGAUUAUGUUCAGAACAGCUUUCUGCUCAAACUCAUUACGAUUACGGAAUGAGGGCUAUGAAGAGCGUUGUAGUAGCCUGUGGGAGUCUCCGAAAACACAAUCCAGAAGAAGAUGAAGAAAUGUUGCUCUUUCGAGCACUCCUAGAUGUAAAUCUAGCAAAAUUCGUCUCAAUUGAUAUUCCACUGUUUGAAAAUAUAUUGAAAGAUGUUUUUCCUGGAAAGUCAACACCAAAAGACGAUUGUCCAGAGUUUGAAGAAGCUUUCAGGAAAGUUUGUCAAGAGAGGAAUCUUCAACCAAAGGAAAUCUUCCUUAAGAAGGUUCGUCAAAUCUUUCAGAUGAUGCUUGUAAGACAUGGUUUGAUGGUUCUUGGAGAACCAUUCGCUGGGAAAACUUCGUGCCUAAGAGUUCUUGCUGAUAUGCUGAAUAUGCUUUCGUCAUCAGAUGAUCCAAACUAUCAGAAUGUUCUAAUGAGUAUCCUAAAUCCUAAAUGCGCUAGCAUAAAUGAACUUUACGGGACUUUUGAUGGAACUUCUAACGAAUGGAAUGAUGGAAUUAUCUCCAAAACUUUUAGACAAUUUUCUCAAGAGAAAAACGAAGAUUGGAAAUGGGUAAUUUUCGAUGGACCCGUUGAUGCAGUUUGGAUAGAAAAUCUGAACACAGUUUUAGAUGACAAUCGGAAACUUUGCUUAGUUUCUGGCGAAGUUAUUCAAAUGCCAAUCAAUAUGUUGCUGAUCUUCGAAAUUAUGACACUUGAUCACGUGUCUCCAGCUACCGUAUCCCGUUGUGGAAUGAUCUAUAUGGAUCCCAAAGCCUUAGGUUGGAAAACAUUAGCACUUUCCUGGGUUAUUCAUUGCAAUCCUGUUUGGAUGGAUGGGAAUAAUGAUCUUAUCAUAGAUCUUUUCUCAUUUAUCUUUCCUCCAUGCUUGAAAUUUCUCCAACGCCAGUGUACACAUUACCUUUAUCCUGGUGAGAUGAAUCUCGUCAUGAGCACUCUCAAUCUAUUCGAGAUGUUCAUGAAUGAAGCUUGCGAAGACAAUACUGAAGAAUUCGCAAAGAAUUUAUCUACGUGGUUUCAGGCAGCUGCAGUGAUGGCAAUAGUGUGGGGAUUGGCAGGAAUUCUCGAUGGACCAUCGCGUUCAAAAUUUGAUACACAUUUUCGUGAACUGUGGCGCAAUGAUGAAGAUUGUCCUCUUCCAGAAAGUGUAGGAAGAAUUGAAGUUACUCUGCCUACUGAAGGAUUACUCGUAGAGUAUUGCUACCAUUUCAAACAGAAGGGAAUGUGGAAGCACUGGCCUGACAUAGUUAGAAGAAUGGAGCCAGAAAUGACUCCUCUAGGAAUGCAAAUUCCGACAAUUGAUACAGCCAGAUACUCACAUCUCUUUGAACUCCUUAUAAAACACAAGAAACCUUUCUUACUGACUGGUCCAACGGGAACAGGAAAGAGUUUCUUCAUUCAGAAUUUUUUGAUGAAUAAGGCUUCGCCUGAGAUUUUUGUUCCAUCUUUCGUGACAUUCACAGUUAUGAUUUCAGCGCGACAUACUCAGGAGUUGAUCCUCUCUAAAUUAGUUAAGAAAAGACGUUGGCAAUAUGGAACGGCUAAAGGGAAAACCGCUAUCGUCUUUGUUGAUGAUAUGAACAUGCCUGGAAAGGAUGAAUUCGAUGCACAACCACCAUUAGAGCUUCUUCGUCAAUUUUUCGAUCAUUCCUUCUGGCAUUCGGGGACAAAUCCCAUUAUUCUUAAGGAUAUCCUCUUGAUUUGCGCCUGUGGACCUCCAGGAGGUUCUCGACAGGUCGUCUACUCUCGUGUUCUCCGACACUUUAAUAUUUUGUCAGUAAACAAUUUCUCAGACGAAUCUUUAAGUAGAAUCUUCUCAGUCUUACUUCUCAAUGGAUUUAAAUCUCGUGGACAUGCAUCAGAUGUUACAGCAUCUGUUAAUCCAAUAGUUGCUGCAACACUCCAUCUCUAUAGAGCCGCCUCCAAAACUUUGAGACCAACUCCACAAAAAUCUCAUUACAUCUUCAAUCUCAGAGAUAUUUCGAAGGUUAUAGCGGGAUGUUCUCUCCUUCGAAAGGAAUCAGUUGACAAUAAGAAAAUGUUUCCAAAGAUAUGGGUUCAUGAAACGAUGAGAACUUUUUGUGAUAGGCUAACAGAUUCAAGUGAUCGCAGAUGGUUUUUUAAAGUAAUUUCAACUUCAAUGGAAGAACAUUUUGGAGAAACACUCACCACAAUCUUCGAUGAAUAUAAGAAGGAAGAUAGCGAAGAAGUGUCUCUGAAUGAUCUAAAGAACUUCAUGUUUGGAUCAUACUUGGAUUUAACUACCUGUAUUGAGGAAAGAAAGUAUGAAGAGAUUCCGAAUUUGGCGACUUUGAAGGAUCUAGCUAUGGCUAGUCUUGAGGAAUACAAUUCAAAACACACAGCAAAGUUGGAUAUUGUUUUGUUUGGCUACGCUCUGGAGCAUCUCAAUAAGAUCUGUCGGGUGAUCACAAUUCCAGCAGGGAGUUGCCUUCUUGUGGGAAUUGGAGGUUCAGGAAGACAGAGCCUAACUCGUAUUGCUGCAGGAAUUUGUCAGCAGAAUGUCUUCCAACCUGAGAUUACAAAAGAUUAUGGGAUAGAAGAGUGGAGAAGAGAUCUUAAAAUUGUUCUACGGGAAGCCGGUGGAUUAGGUAAAGACACUGUCUUCUUAUUUACAGACAGUCAAGUGAAUCUUGAAGUUUUUCUCCAAGACAUCGACUGUCUCCUUAAUCUAGGAGAAGUACCAAAUAUUUAUGGUAUAGAUGAGCGUCAGGAAAUUCUAGAAAUGGUACGUCUCGAUGCCCAAGGUGGAAAUCGAAAUAUUGACAUUAGUCCAUUACAAGUUUUCACUUUCUUCGUCAACCGUUGUCGACAGCGUCUUCAUAUAGUUCUUUGCUUCAGUCCUAUUGGAGAUUCCCUCAGAUCUCGAAUCCGUUUAUAUCCUUCCCUUGUAAAUUGCUGCACAAUCGAUUGGUAUGAAGAAUGGCCUUCAGAAGCCUUGGAGAUGAUAGCAAAUCGUUAUAUGCGAUCUAUAGAUCUCUCAGCAAGCAUUAAGGAAUCUGCUGUCUUAGCUUGCAAACAUUUUCACAACACUGCAACUAAACUGUCCGUAGAGUUCUUUAGAGAGACGAGUCGAACAAUCCAUGUCACAUCAGCAUGUUAUCUUGAAUUGGUUAGAUCUUUCAGAAAUUUAAUGGAUAGGAAGCAACACGAAAUCCAGGAAUCCAGGAAACGAUACGAAGCUGGUUUGGAAACGCUUGUUCAAGCUUCAAAUACAGUUGCAAUUAUGCAGAGUGAUUUGAAUGAACUACAACCAAAAUUGAUUGUAAUGGCAGCAAAUUCAAGGGAAAUGAUGAAGCAGAUUGAGAAGAAGACCAUUGAGGCAAGUGAAGCAAGUGAACAUGUUAAGAAAGAUGAAGUCAGUGCUAAUGCUCAAGCUGCUGUUGCACAAGAGUUGAAAGAUGAAUGUGAGAAAGAUCUUGCUCAAGCUAUUCCAAUUCUCGAAGAGGCCAUUCAAGCACUAAACACCCUUAAACCUUCGGAUAUUACCCUUGUGAAAUCUAUGAAAAAUCCUCCAGAAGUUGUAAAACUCGUAAUGGCAGCAGUUUGCGUCAUUAAAGGUGUCCCUCCAGAUAGAAUCAAUGAUCCUGCCACUGGGAAGAAAAUCAUAGAUUUCUGGGGACCCAGUAAAAGAAUCCUGGGUGACAUGGGAUUCCUUCAAUCACUCAAAGAUUUUGAUAAAGACAAUAUCGGAGUGGAUAUUAUGAAGAAGAUUCGAAAGGACUUUAUUCCUCAUAAGGAUUUUCAGCCCCAUAUUGUGCUCAAAGCUUCAAGCGCUGCUGAAGGCCUGUGUAAGUGGAUAAUUGCAAUGGAUCUGUAUGAUUCCGUAGCGAAGAUAGUAGCCCCCAAAAAGACUCGAUUGGAAGCAGCAGAGAAAGAAUAUGCAGAUACAGUGAAGAUUCUCAACGAAAAACGUCAGUUGGCUGAAGAACUUGAGAGAAAAGUUGGUCUACUCAAUGAGGAACUUGCAGAAGCUAAUCUUGAAAUGCAGCGUGUUGAAGCGGAAGUCGAAAUGUGCAAGAAUAAGUUGCAGAGAGCAGAAAGUUUAAUUGGUAGCUUGGGUGGUGAGAAGAAUCGCUGGACCCUAGCUGUUGAACAUCUAGCGAAAUUGUACAAUAACCUAGCAGGAGAUAUUUUGAUGUCCUGUGGUUUUAUAGCAUACCUAGCUCCUUUCAACAUUCCUUACAGAAAGCGAGCACUCAAAGAGUGGCACACACUAUGUAUUGAACUUAGGAUUCCCACUUCAAUACCUUUCAGAUUCACCGAAGUAUUGGGUUCAGACAUUAAACUUCAGAAUUGGAGUAUUGCUGGACUACCAAAGGAUGCAUUUUCAGCAGAGAAUGCAACAAUACUGGAUAAUUCUAGCCGAUAUAGUCUUUUUAUUGAUCCCCAAAGUCAGGCCAACAACUGGAUCAAGACCCUUGAAAAACCUAACGGAUUGAGAGUGGUUAAGUUUUCCCAUUCUAAUUACAUGAAAGUCUUAGCUGAAUGUAUCCAACUUGGCAUUCCUUGCCUGAUUGAAAGUAUCACCAAUGAACUGGAAGUUCAACUCAAUCCUAUCUUGUUCAGACAAACAUUCUACAAGGACGAAGAAGAAUUUAUAACUCUCCAUGGAGAAACAAUUGAAUUCAACAAAAAUUUCCGCCUCUAUCUUACAUCGAAUGCAAGAAAUCCUCACUAUCUUCCAGAAGUGGUCAACAAAGUGACUAUCAUAAAUUUUUCGCUAACUUUACAAGGACUCGAAGAUCAACUUUUGGGAAUUGUUGUUGCCAAAGAACGCCCUGAUUUACAGGAACUUCGACAGAAAAUCAUCCUGGAAAGUGCAGAAAAUCAAAAGAUCCUAAAAGAAGUUGAAGACGGAAUCUUAAAGACACUGUCUACAAGUAAAGGUGACAUUCUCGAAGAUGAACGUGCCAUUAAGAUCCUAGAUGACUCCAAAAUCCUAUCAGUGAGACUUAAAGCUAAACAAAUUGCAUCAAAGAAGACAGAGAAAGAAAUUGAGGAUUUUCGAUUCAAUUACCGUGCUGUAGCCUCUCAUUCUUCAAUUCUCUACUACUGCAUUACAGAUCUCCCUAACAUUGAUCCUAUGUAUCAAUUUUCCUUAGGAUGGUACAUAAAUCUCUACAUUUAUUCCAUUGAAAAUGCUAAUAAGUCAAAGGAUAUUUUUCGAAGAUUAAAAUUCUUAAUGGAUACGAUCACACUAAAUCUGUACACCAAUGUUUGCCGAUCUAUUUUUGAGAAAGAUAAACUUCUAUUCUCCUUUGUUCUAACCACUAAAAUCAUGAUAAUGUGUAAUCAGAUUCGUCAGGAACAGUACAAUCACCUCCUAAAGGGUGGUAAACCUGUAAAAGAACCUUUGGAUAAUCCUUGUCCAAAUUGGAUAAACGACAAAAUGUGGACGCAUUUGCAGCAAUUGGAAGAAAUGGAAGAGUUUGAAGGAUUUAUUAGAGAUUUUCAAGCUAAUAUAACCGAAUGGAAGACGUACUACGACGCAACAGAUCCUCAAACUUCUCGUUUCCCACCUUCUUGGGAUGGCAAAAUUAAUCGUUUUGAAAAACUCCUAGUUCUAAAUGCAAUCCGUCCUGACAAAACUGCAGCAGCAAUUCAGGAGUUUGUGGCUUCAGAAAUGGGACCUUUAUACAUCAGACCACCAGCCUUUGACAUAACCAAAUCCUUUGAAGAAGCAAAUUGUCUUAUGCCUUUGAUUUUCAUUCUUUCACCGGGAGCUGAUCCAAUAGGUGCACUUACUCUUCAUGCCGAAAAAAUGGGCUUUAGUAAGGCUUUUGAAACCAUCUCAAUGGGUAAGGGUCAGGGACCUAUUGCAGAGAGGAUGAUCAGAAGUGCUCAAAAAGCUGGAACAUGGGUUUGCUUGCAAAAUUGCCAUUUAGCAACAUCUUGGCUGCCCACUCUUGAGCAAAUUUGGGAAGAAAUGGACGUUCACAAUACCGCUUUGACUUUUCGUCUUUGGUUAACAAGUUAUCCAGUUGAAAACUUCCCACCAAGUCUUCUCCAAUGUGGAGUAAAGAUGACCAAUGAACCUCCAACGGGUCUUAAACAGAACCUCUUAAGAUCCUACAACUCCGAACCAAUGAAUAGUGAACAAUUCUAUACAGGAUGCCCGGACAAGUAUAAAGCAUUUACGAAACUCUUGUACGGCCUAUGCUUCUUUCAUGCAGUCGUUCAGGAACGGCGCAAGUUCGGCGCUUUGGGUUGGAAUAUCGUUUACGGGUUCAACGAGACAGACUUUCAAAUAUCUGUCCGACAGCUUCAAAUGUUCAUAAAUGAAUAUGAGGACAUUCCUUUCGAAACUGUGGCUUAUUUAACUGCUGAAUGCAACUACGGUGGACGAGUUACGGAUAUAUGGGAUCGCCGGGUUAUUGGAACCUUACUUCAAGAUUAUUUCAAUGAACAUAUCAUUACUGAUGUCACUUACAAAUUUUCUGAUACCAGCACAGCUUUCACAAUCCCCACGAAAUUUGAACAUCGAGAUAUAGUUAAGCACAUUGAGAAGAAUAUUCCCACGGAACCAUCAACAGAAGUCUACGGAUUGCAUCUCAAUGCUGGAAUUUUCAAGGAUCUCACAAUGUCAAAGAUCUUACUGAAAUGCCUAACCCUUACUCUAGGCGGUGUUGACGAUGAUAGUCCAGAAAAAUCUCAAGAGAACCUUCUUGAAGUAGUUCGAGGAAUUGAGAUACGUCUUCCUGAACCUUUUGACUUGGAAGCCAUUGGUGAGAAAUACCCCAUGGAUUAUCAUGAAUCCAUGAAUACAGUUUUAAUGCAAGAGCUUGAGAAAUUUAACAUUCUCACUGAAGAAAUCAGAACAACAUGCCGUGAAAUUGAUGAUGCAGUUAAUGGAUUCGGGGUCUUUACUCCAAAUCUAGAGGUAGUAGCUAGAGAUAUAAAGAACGGACAGAUACCUCUGAGAUGGAGUAAAAAAUCAUUUCCCAGUUUGAAACCUGUCGCAUCCUACAUUGACGACCUAUUGGAGAGACUAUCUUGGUUUGAUAAUUGGGCUAAAAACGGAAAACCAGAAACAUUUUGGCUUCCUGGCUUUUUCUUUACCCAAACAUUUUUGACUGGGAUACUUCAAAAUUUUGCAAGACAGUUCAAAAUUCCGAUUGACGAAUUAACUUUUAACCACAAGGUUCUAGGAAAGGAAGAAAAUCCAGAAGAUGGGGUGAAGAUUUCAGGCCUUUUGCUCGAAGGUGCUAAAUGGGACGGAGCUAGAAAUCAGUUGGCAGAGCAAGACGUUAAGAUUCUUAUUGAUCCUAUGCCUAAAAUUCACCUACAGCCAAUUCUUCAUGAAAAACUACAACUUGGAGGACGAUACGUGUGCCCAACCUAUAGGACUAUGGAUAGAAAAGGAGAUCUGUCUACAGCUGGUCACUCCACAAAUUUCAUCCUCCCUAUUCUCUUGCCCACCGACAAGAAAUCAUCGCAUUGGAUCAAGAGAAGUGUUGCAUUAGUAUGUCAGACGAGCGAUUGAGGACUCUCCUACGUAGAAUUUGGAAGCUAAAUAUUGAAUGCACCAAUUUUACCAAUAUUUCUUAUAUUAUGGAAAUUGCGAAAUAAAUUUGAGUGUGGAAAAGAAAACACGAUUGUGUGAAUUGGGACAAAAAUUUAUAUACAGUUAUGGAGAU